UCGCAUUACCUUUUCUAAAAUCUGUCAAAGUUCUCAAACUAGAACUAUUUGCCAUAACUGGACCAUUCCCUAAAAUCAGAAAGAUGUUGCGUAUUCAGGUUGCCAGGAAGUUGCUCCUGAGUCGCUUGCCAGCGAUGAUUGCAUAUCCUUUAGCUCGUGGGCAAAAGACCAUGCCAGUCACUGACACUUCCUUCAAGGAUCCGCCCAAAGCUGGUUACUCUCCCUUUGGCCGGGAUCAGAAAUCCUGGUCGGAGUGGACCUUGGCCCGGCUGGAUGACCUCUUGAACUGGGGCCGCAAGGGCUCCCUGUGGCCCAUGACCUUUGGCCUCGCCUGCUGUGCCGUCGAGAUGAUGCACAUUGCCGCCCCUCGCUAUGACAUGGAUCGCUUCGGAGUGGUCUUCCGGGCCUCUCCCCGCCAGUCGGACGUGAUGAUUGUGGCCGGGACACUGACCAACAAGAUGGCACCGGCCAUGCGUAAGGUUUACGACCAGAUGCCGGAGCCCCGGUGGGUCAUCUCGAUGGGGAGUUGUGCCAAUGGCGGUGGCUACUAUCACUACUCCUAUUCUGUGGUCCGUGGCUGCGAUCGCAUCGUUCCGGUGGACAUAUAUGUGCCAGGAUGUCCUCCCACGGCGGAGGCCCUCAUGUACGGAAUUCUGCAGUUGCAAAAGAAAAUCAAGCGCAUGAAGACGCUCCAGAUGUGGUACCGAAAGUAGGGAGAAUACUUUACUUUAAAGUGUUUUUUAAGCAUUAAAAAUCUGUAAUCCCUUAA